UCCCAAUCCCAUGUGAUGAAUCACUGACAAUAAUAAUUAAUAUGUGUAUAAAAAAAUAAAAAUAUUGUUAACAAUAAUUAAAACACCAAAUAAUGCUCCAAAAAAAAAAAUGAACAAUGUUGGCAUCAAUAAACUAAACAUGAAACAUCAAACUACAAUAAUUAUUUAUUCAAACUAAAUUCAUCAUAAUUAUUUCAAGGCCUACAAAUCAUUUAUUAUUAUAAUUUUUUCUAAAAAAACAAAGAGUGCAUAACCAUGAAUUUACAAACACUUUUCCAGAAUUUUAAUCCAAGCAAAUUUCUAGUACACACUUGUAUGAUGAUAUUUACAAUAUUAUUUUCUCUUCGUUUGGAUAAUUAUAUUGAAUGGAGUUACUGGUCAAUAUUUACUCCAAUAUGGAUAUGGAAAAGUAUGGUUAUAGCUGGUGCAACUGUUGGAAGUUUUGUCUGGUGGAGACAUCCUCAUUCACGUCUUGAGGGUGAUGCCUAUGUUCAUUAUAAAGCAAUGCUCAUAACACUUGCACUACAUUUAAUCCUAUUGAUGUUUGAACUUUUAGUUUGUGAUAAAUUAGAAUCUAAAAGACACAUUUGGAUAUUGGUAUUUAUACCAUUAAUAUUUAUAUCAAUUGUAUCAAUAGCAGUUUGCAUUUGGGCUGUUAAACAUGAUCGUACAUUUGAGCUUGAAUUAUUUUGUGCUGUUAAUGUUCUACAAUUUAUAUUUCUUGCAUUAAAACUUGAUGGUUUAAUAACAUGGAGUUGGGAAGUUGUAUUUGUACCAUUUUGGGCACUAUUGUGUCUAUCACUUAUUGCUGUUUUAUAUACAAUUAUUAUUGCUGCUGCAUUAUUAAGAGCUCCACAAGUUAAUGCAAGAGUUAGAGCAAAUUCAGUUAAUUCAGCUCUUGCAUAUACAUUUCUCGUUGUGCCAAUGAUUGUUUUUCAAGUUUUACUAUCGAAAAAAUUAGAUGGUGAUAUAUCAUUAAAUUAUACAACUGUUGCUGCACCACUUUUGUUGUCUCAUGUUACUCUGAUAUUCAUGUCAUUUGGUGCAAAAGGUGGCAAUAAAUGGUGGUUUGGAAUAAGAAAAGAAUUUUGUCAUUUUCUUCUUGGCUUGUGUCCAUUGUUACAAGAAUAUGGAAAUAUAUCUUAUCAGCCAAGAAGUGACAAUGAUCAACCAACAUCAGAGCCAAUAAUUAAUGAUAAACAUGAAAAGCAUAUUAAAAAAAUUGAUCUUAUGAAACCUGUUGUGCCUAUUAUAUCAAUUGAUUUGCCUGAUUGAUACUCGUGGCUUAUAUCAAAUAUAAACCACAUAAAUAUCAUGGUUGUGGAUUUUUUUUUUCUCAUCUUGAUUGAAUAAACAAUUUGACAUUUCAAGAUAAUAAUCAAUAGAGUGUAAAAAUAUAUAUAUGUGUAUAGAGACAAAAAGAAAACUUGUAAGUAAAAAAAAAAAAUUCUUGUUAAUUUCGAUCAAAGAAAUAAUGGCUAAGUAGAUUAAAAUAUUUGUUUUUUUUUUUAUUUUUUUUUUUAAUUAUAUAUUUAACUCAAUCAAAAUAAUGAUUGACUGAUUUUUUUUUUUUUAAUAUUCAUUUAAUUUUGAUUAAUAUAGUUUUUAAAUUAAGAUAAAAUCUAGCUUUUUAAUUAAAUAAAAAAUUUCAUAUUAUUUUAGGAAAAAAAUUAAUGUUACAACCGUCCGUUUAAGUGUAAAUAAUAUUUUUUUUUAUUUCUUUUUGUUUAUUUAGUUUUAAUAUAUUUAGUUGGACAAAAAAAAUUUGUCUAGCCAAUUUCAAAAAAAGAAAAAAAAAUAAUCAAUCAUCUGGUGCUAGCUCACUGUCGGUU